UCCCCUUCCCCUUCCCAAUAAAGUAUAUUCUCUUCUCUGCCGUCCAAGCUAGUCGUUCUCUCUGUCUCGUUUAUAUUUUUUGGUUUAUUAUAUUCUUCUGUUUGCACGAAGCACACUAUGGGUUGGAAAGGAGGUCUCAAAAACGUGGUCACCAUGUUUACUUUCAUGGUGGCCUUGGUUGUUGUUCAACAUGUGAAGUGUGGGGACUCAGCUCGCAUGUUACUUCAGCACGGUGGCUUCGUUCAACGAAGUGGCACCAACUUCGUUCUGAGUAACAGGCAUUUCUACUUCAACGGAUUCAACGCGUACUGGUUAAUGUACAUGGCAUCUGACCCAGCCACAAGGCCCAAGGUCACUGCCGUUUUGCAACAAGCUUCUAGCCAUGGCUUAACUGUUGCUAGAACUUGGGCUUUCAGUGAUGGAGGUUAUAGAGCCCUUCAGGUUUCUCCUGGUUCCUACGACGAGAAAGUAUUCAGGGGAUUGGACUUUGUAGUAUCAGAAGCGGGAAAAUAUGGGGUGCGUUUGAUACUGAGCUUGGUGAACAACUGGAAAGAUUUUGGUGGCAAAAAUCAGUACGUACAGUGGGUGAAGGAACAUGGACAGUACGUGAACAGUGAAGAUGAUUUCUUUUCACAUCCUAUUGCUAAGCAACAUUACAAAAACCAUAUUAAGGCUGUGUUGACAAGAAAAAACACAAUAACUGGGGUGGCAUAUAAGGACGAUCCUGCCAUAUUUGCGUGGGAACUUAUCAAUGAACCCCGUUCCCAACACGACAACUCCGGAAAAGUUAUUCAGCAAUGGGUGAUUGAGAUGGCUGCCUACGUCAAAUCCAUCGACAACAAUCAUUUGUUAGAAAUAGGACUCGAAGGGUUCUAUGGUGAAACAAUGCCAGAGAAAAAACAAUUCAAUCCUGGGUACCAACUUAUUGGCACUGAUUUCAUUUCUAACAACCUAGUUCACCAAGUUGAUUUUGCUACCAUGCAUCUCUACCCUGAACAAUGGUUGCCAGGCUCAAACGAAGCUGCUCAGGUUGCAUUUGUUGACAAAUGGUUACAAACACACAUUCAAGAUGCCAAAAAUGUUCUGGGGAAGCCUAUUGUUGUUGGUGAGUUUGGCAAGUCUUCGAAGUCAUAUAGUGUGGUUGAAAGGGACAAUUACCUGAGCAAAAUGUAUAAUGCCAUAUACAGUAGUGCUAGUAGUGGGGGACCCUGUGCUGGUGGGCUUUUUUGGCAGCUCAUGGCUAAAGGAAUGGAUGGUUUACGUGAUGGUUAUGAAGUCAUCUUUGAGGAGAGUCCUUCAACUACCAGAAUUAUAGAUCAACAAUCCCACAAAAUGUCAAGUAUUGCUUAGUAGAUAAGCAUUAAUUUCGCCUACCUCAUGUAAAUAUACAUGUAACAAACUUAUUUUGUUGCUUAUAUAUUCCCCAAAACAAGCACUAUAUAUUCAUAGGAAAAUACAGCGUGUUGUGAACAAAUUAAUCAAAUGUAAUAUAUAUAUAUAUAUAUAUAUUAACUCAAUACAUGAUCAGGCAAAAAAGCAAAAAAGUGGUUGCAACUUGCAAGUGGGUGAUAACACUGCAUUAUACCACAAAUGCAUAGGAGCAAUAAUUUUGGUCUGGAAAUAAAUGGGAGAUAUAUGGAGAGUGAAUCCAGAAGAUAUCAAGGGAAGGUGUCUGAUGCUUUUUACUGAAAAAGUUUUUAGGAGGAAGAUGAUGUUGUUAAGGACUGCGAUGGUUCCAAAAGUCCUAGACGGAAUUUUAUUCCAUAGAAAAAUGUUGAAGUAAUAAUACUUUGAACUAUAAUGAAACUCAAAAUUAUAUUUAUUUAAGCUUUACACUUUUAUUUUUAACUUCUCUAAGUUUUCUGCGUGUACUUUAACUUUAUCUUAUUUAUAUUUUCCUAUCAUUGUAAUCUUGUCAAAAUGAGCAAAUGCAACAUAUAUUACAACAUUUGCACGUUCA